AUGGUACGAGAUCUCUUCUCGAGGUAUGACGAAGGCAUCGAAAUGGAUGAAGAAGGAUGGUACCGUGUGAGUCCCGAAGAAAUCGCAAUCAAACAAGCAGAGAGAUGUGGUAACACUAUCCAAUGUGCUGAAGUAUCUUCUUCUGUUGUUGCUAUCGACAUUGAUCCGGUAAAAGUAGCAUUUGGCAAUGAACAAUGCAAAACUGGUUCCAGGAACAUGGAGAUGGAUGCUUGGAAUCCUCCUCGAUGGCUUUUCUUGAAGAAUCGUAAAUCGGAAGCCGUCCAAGUGCUUGUGAGAAUGUUUGACAACUCUCGGUUAGAGGACGAGAUUGACAUCUUUAGAGGAAGAGAAGCUAAGGAAACGCGCUAUCUCUACGGUGCAUGUGUCACUGAUAAAAAAACGAUACUAUCCCCUUUUAGAUAUGGUUAUCUUGCUGCAAAGUUUCUCCAUGAUAUAAAAUAG